ACGCCCCUACCCUUAGGUACCUUAUGUAUCCGUUUUUGUAAUAAGCCUUGUCUUAACCAAUCAAUAAUAAUAUCGUUUAUAUGAUCUUUCUUGCUUACGUAGCUCCCGGCUCUUUCGUCAUGUAUACAAAAACUAUUCUCACUUCACCUCAUAACAACAUACACCUUAGAAACUAUCACCGUUGACUAGCAUACGAUAGACGUGACGUAACUAUAAGAAAAUUUCAUCUUGUUAUAUCCCAUAAAUCCUAAUUACUCUUCAUCUCCACUCGUCAUCCCAAAAUGGGAGAUAUCAACAUCGUCGAGGGCACCUUCGAGGUCGACGGCGUAAGCUUGCACACCAAGUCCUGGCUUCCCUCCGGCCCCCCAAAAGCAAAACUCGUCGUCGUCCACGGCUUCAGCGACCACAUCGACCGCUACUACGACCUGUUCCCGAGCCUCGCGCGGCGGGGCAUCGCGGUCCUAGGCUUCGACCAGCGCGGCUGGGGGAGGAGCGUGCGCCGGCCCUCGGACCGCGGACGCUCGGGGCCCACGGCCACCGUGCUCGCGGAUCUCGCGGCUUUCAUCCGGGAGAGGGCGUUCGCGUCCUCUUCCGCAGAUCGUAACGACAGUGAUAAUGAUGACGUCCCCGUAUUCCUCCUCGGCCACUCCAUGGGCGGCGGCGAAGUCCUCGCCCUGGCCAGCACCCCGGCGUACGACGACAUCGUGGCCAGGAUCCGCGGCUGGAUCCUCGAGGCCCCCUUCCUGGGCUUCGCCCCCGCCGUCCAGCCGCGGCGGCUGACGGUCCUGUCGGGGCGGCUGGCCGCGCGCGUGGCGCCGCACUUCCCGCUCGUGCGGCCGGUGCCGCCGGAGCACCUGUGCCGGGACCCGGCAGUGCAGGCGAGCCUGGCGGCGGACCCGCUGCUGCACUACACGGGCACGCUGGAGGGGCUGGCGGGGAUGAUCGACCGCGCGGAGGGGCUGGCGUCGGGAAAGCUGCGGCUCCGGCCGGGCGUGCGCGCCGUGUUCCUGGCGCACGGGACGGCGGACAUGGUGACGAGCUACGAGCGCGUGCGGGAGUGGUGGGAGAGCCAGGGGCGGAAGGUCGAGGACGCCAAGUUCAAGUCGUACGAGGGGUGGGCGCACCAGCUGCACGCCGACCCCGGGAAGGAGGAGUUUUAUCAAGACGUGGGGGAUUGGAUACUGCAGAGAGCGGGUGGUGGUGGUGGUGAUGAUGGUGGUGAUGGUGGGAGGAGACCGGAGGCUAAAUUGUGAUGAACGAAGUAGGUAGGCACCUCCUAAGAAAGAAAAAAAAAAGGUGGGAAGAUGUGGGAAAAUAGGGGUUGGGGAUUCGUGACGAUGUCCAAUUACAGGCCGUCGUGGUAGUCUGGUGUUACGUUGCACGAUAAAAGGGGUAUGCAUCAAGUACCUAAGGUUAGGUACCUAUUAAAACAAGGAGAAUCGAUCUUUAAGAAAUGGGCGUAUGGGCGCACUGGAUUCUCUCAUUCCCUAGAAUAUAAGUAUAGAUAGGUACCUAGGUAGGUACCUUACCUAAAUUUAUUCAUCUAUAGAAACUGAGUGUUGCCGGUAAAUCAAUUUCUCUACCUCCUAGACAUGUAGGAGGUACCUAUCGAUCAUGCCGU